AUGGAGGCCGGUCCCAUGUACCUGGAGCAUAACACCAGCCAGUCCCUGCAUCAGCGGUUCUCAGAGGUCCUGCUGGAGCAGCUGACCCAGAGGAGGUUUGUGUUUCGUGGGAACAAGUCGUCAUCGAUGGUUCUGCGGCUCAGGAACACCCCCCAUUCUCAGCUGAGACAGGGGCCUCAGCUCGGUCACAGGGCCAGUGUGUGGUCUCGUCUCGGCUGGAAGAAAAGAGGCUUCUGGAAUUUCAGGAACAAAUACAGACGACGAGUGAGCUUCAGCAAAGGCUUUAGCCCCGCCCCUGGGAGUAACUCCGCCUACAGAUGGAUUAACCCCGCCCUGAGAUGCCUUAGCCCCGCCCUCAGAUCAAGGCUCAAUCUGACGCUCAAACGGGGCGCUCUGAGGGGGGUCCUGAGGCACAGACGCACUCCACUCUUCAAAGGAAAGUCCUUCCAGGUGUCAAAGUGGCGGGGCCAGGCCAGCUCUCGGGGGCGGGGCCAGCAGAAGGUGGUUCCCUCUAAGAAGCAGCUGGAUCUGGACCUGGACUGGUACAUGUCCAAGACCAAGACCCGUCUAGACGCUCAGCUGGACCAGUACAUGUCUCUGUCCCGCUCCCGUCUGGACGCUCAGCUGGACCAGUACAUGUCCAUGGCAGGAGAGGAGCAGUGGGCCUGA